GCCGGCCGGGGAGGCGGCCUCGGCGCACAGUAAUGGCAGCGCUGUGAGCAGGGGAACGCGAGCUGACAGCCGCCGCCGCCCACCUUCCUCGCCCGGGGCUUCGUCCUUCACUCCUUCGGGCUGUCUCCCCCUCCCCUUGUCCCCUGUCCCUUGUCCCGCUUCUGCAGAAGACAGCGAAGAUUGAUAGCUGUGGGGAGGAGUAUCCUAUGUGCACGCCAGACCUGUCUCUACAGUUAGGGUCUGGUGAAAUAAGAUUCUUAGACUCCUCAGAGCAUUUACACACUAGGGAGUCUGGACCAUUACCUACAACCCCACAGAUACGUUCAUAUUUCAACACUAAACUUGCACAAUGUCUUUGAAACCAAGAGUAGUAGAUUUUGAUGAGACAUGGAACAAACUUUUAACGACAAUCAAAGCUGUUGUCAUGUUGGAAUACGUUGAAAGAGCAACAUGGAACGAUCGCUUCUCAGAUAUCUAUGCUUUAUGUGUGGCCUAUCCUGAACCCCUUGGAGAAAGACUUUAUACAGAAACUAAGAUUUUUUUGGAAAAUCACGUACGGCAUUUGCACAAGAGAGUUCUGGAGUCUGAAGAGCAAGUACUUGUUAUGUAUCAUAGGUAUUGGGAGGAGUAUAGCAAAGGUGCAGACUAUAUGGACUGCUUGUAUAGGUAUCUCAACACCCAGUUUAUUAAAAAGAAUAAAUUGACAGAAGCUGACCUUCAGUAUGGCUACGGUGGUGUAGAUAUGAAUGAACCACUUAUGGAAAUAGGAGAGCUAGCAUUGGAUAUGUGGAGGAAAUUGAUGGUUGAACCACUUCAGACCAUCCUUAUCCGAAUGCUGCUCCGAGAAAUAAAAAAUGAUCGUGGUGGAGAAGACCCAAACCAGAAAGUAAUCCAUGGGGUUAUUAACUCCUUUGUUCAUGUUGAACAGUAUAAGAAAAAAUUCCCCUUAAAGUUUUAUCAGGAAAUCUUUGAGUCUCCCUUUCUGACUGAAACAGGAGAAUAUUACAAACAAGAAGCUUCAAAUUUAUUACAAGAAUCAAACUGCUCACAGUAUAUGGAAAAGGUUCUAGGUAGAUUAAAAGAUGAAGAAAUUCGAUGUCGAAAAUACUUGCAUCCAAGUUCAUAUACUAAAGUGAUUCAUGAAUGUCAGCAACGAAUGGUAGCAGACCACUUACAGUUCUUACAUGCAGAAUGUCAUAAUAUCAUCCGACAAGAGAAAAAAAAUGACAUGGCAAAUAUGUAUGUCUUACUUCGUGCUGUGUCCACUGGUUUACCUCAUAUGAUUCAGGAGCUGCAAAAUCAUAUCUAUGAUGAGGGCCUUAGAGCAACCAGUAAUCUUACUCAGGAAAAUAUGCCAACACUAUUUGUGGAGUCCGUUUUGGAAGUACAUGGUAAAUUUGUUCAACUAAUCAACACUGUUUUAAAUGGUGAUCAGCACUUUAUGAGUGCAUUGGAUAAGGCCCUUACAUCGGUUGUAAAUUACAGAGAACCUAAGUCUGUUUGCAAAGCACCUGAACUGCUUGCCAAGUACUGUGACAACUUACUAAAGAAGUCAGCGAAGGGGAUGACUGAGAAUGAAGUAGAAGACAAACUCACGAGCUUCAUCACUGUUUUCAAGUAUAUCGAUGAUAAAGAUGUUUUUCAAAAGUUCUACGCAAGAAUGCUGGCGAAGCGUUUAAUUCACGGGUUAUCUAUGUCUAUGGAUUCUGAAGAAGCCAUGAUCAAUAAAUUAAAGCAAGCCUGUGGUUAUGAGUUUACCAGCAAGCUUCAUCGGAUGUAUACAGAUAUGAGUGUCAGUGCUGAUCUCAACAAUAAGUUCAACAAUUUUAUCAAAAAUCAAGACACAGUAAUAGAUUUGGGAAUUAGUUUUCAAAUAUAUGUUCUACAGGCUGGUGCAUGGCCUCUUACUCAGGCUCCUUCAUCUACAUUUGCAAUUCCCCAGGAAUUGGAAAAAAGUGUACAGAUGUUUGAAUUAUUUUACAGCCAGCAUUUUAGUGGAAGGAAACUUACAUGGUUACAUUAUCUCUGUACAGGUGAAGUUAAAAUGAACUAUUUGGGCAAACCAUAUGUAGCCAUGGUUACAACAUACCAAAUGGCAGUUCUUCUUGCCUUUAACAACAGUGAAACUGUCAGCUAUAAAGAGCUUCAAGACAGCACUCAAAUGAAUGAAAAGGAACUGACAAAAACAAUCAAAUCAUUACUUGAUGUGAAAAUGAUUAACCAUGAUUCAGAAAAGGAAGACAUUGAUGCAGAAUCUUCAUUUUCAUUAAAUAUGAACUUUAGCAGUAAAAGAACAAAAUUUAAAAUUACUACAUCGAUGCAGAAAGACACCCCACAGGAAAUGGAGCAGACUAGAAGUGCUGUAGAUGAGGACCGGAAAAUGUAUCUCCAAGCUGCUAUAGUUCGUAUCAUGAAAGCACGAAAAGUACUUCGGCAUAAUGCCCUUAUUCAAGAGGUGAUUAGCCAGUCAAGAGCUAGGUUUAAUCCUAGUAUCAGCAUGAUUAAGAAGUGUAUUGAAGUUCUGAUAGACAAACAGUACAUCGAACGCAGCCAAGCGUCAGCAGAUGAAUACAGUUACGUAGCGUGAUGUCGCUCUCCUCUAGUGUGGGUGUGAGAAGAUCAUUGCCAUCACCAUUUGGUGUGUUCCUGUGGGAAAAAGCAGGCCUGUGCCUCCAUAAUUUGGUCAUUUGGCAGCCCCUGUUUUUCUGCUGUUUACAACAUCACCAGUGCCACGUCAUGAGCGUCAGAGAAAAUGCCUAGAGAUAUUUCAAGCUCAUGUCAUUAUGACAUUUCUUAAAACUUUAUUAAAAGAAUGAGUGAAGUAUUGCUGAAAUGUGGAAAUUUGGUUGGCUACCAUGCUUUUUCUCCCCUUCACGUUUGCAGUUGAUGUGUUUUUUUUUUUUAAUGUAUCUUAAAGGACAUAAAAUAAAAAACUUAAAUAUUGUAAUAUGACAGAUAACCUAAUAAUUGUAUCUACAUUAAAAUGACAAACAUGAUAUUGCUGCUUGUCAAAUAAAAAAAAUAAAGAAAUAGAAUGCCUUUUUUAUGUGGAUGGAGCAUCACACAUAAUAGUAUAAAUAUAAAUGUUCAUGAGUCAUCAAAGCAGCUAAUGAAACUUUAGUUGCAUUUUUAUCUGAAUGGUUUAAUUCGCUUUUACUCCUACUUAAGUCCUACAUGAAAAAUGUCUAGAUUAUUGUUCUUGAAUGCAUAAAAAUGCAUUCAACAUAAAGAAUGUUUUAUUUUUAUGGACUGGAACUACAUUGGAUGUGAGCAUUUUGAAUGUUGAGGAUUUAAUUCUAUCAGGAGUUUCUGGUGAUAUGCUUACACUGCAGAAAUAAAGGAUGAGGAGAAUA